AUGUAUCUCCGCAAAGACAACGAACCGAUCUAUCGCGACCUUGCCGCCACAUCCUCCGGAGUCAAAGAGGAAGUGGACCCCGACCGAGAGUCUGUCAUGCGCCAGUCAAACGUCGAGACGCUCCUGAACCACCUCUCUGCCGGCCGAAUUGCCGUUGGUCACCACGGCUGUUGGAUACCAACGGAGGCUUCAACGCCCACAGACCCAUUCGGGGGGCGACACAUAUCUGAGCAGAUCAGCAUCACAGCAGGUGGUAUGACCGAGAGGUUCCAAUCCAAUCGCCUCGUCUUGAAGGUCAUUGGAUGUGAGCAUCUGAUGUGGAACAAGGAUGUGCAGGGGUCCCACUUGUGUGGGCACAGUUCGUGCGACAAUCCCUUGCACAUCGUGUGCGAGUUGCGUUGCUUCAACAUGCAACGGAUAUUGUGUCCGGGUAGCUGCCAAUCAGACGCUGGCGAUUACAUUUGCGAUCAUGGCCCAGAAGGCUUCCAAUGCUUCGGGCAUUUGAACUGCCCAAGUACCUGCGAAGUCGGCCGGAAUAUACAGCAGAAAUUGUACAAGGUUUUCGACGACGAACAGCGCCGCCUGGCGACGGAAAGAGCGAAGACGGCGAGGAAGAGAGCAGAGAAGCGUAUCGCUGAGGAGGCAGAAGAGCAACUCAAAGCCGAGCGCAAAGAGGAGGACGACCGAGUCAAGGCGGCAGCGAAGGCGGCACUGUUUGCAGCCAGGGAUGCUCAAAAACAGAAGGACAAGCCAGCCAGGAAUGCGCAACAAAAGACGAACAAGCGAACCAAGGUGGCGAAGAAGGGGGCGGACAAGGUAGCCGUGAAGAACAGGUAG